AGUCUACUGCAACUCCAGUACUCCUCCUGUUCAUUAUUUUAUUAUUUUUUGUUGGUAUUAAAUUUCAUCAGUAUUAAGAAGAGGACAAAAACCAAUAAGGCCCAAGGCAAACAUUUCUGUGAUGCACGAAAUAAGGGAAAUUGAGAGGGUCCCUUGAACAAGUAAGAGGAGUAGGUGGAAAAACCCAAAUCAAUGGAUUUGCAAAGUCUUUGCAGAGUAAUCUUUGUAUCAGCUUUGAUUUCACUUGUCUGUCAGCCAUGUUCUGUCUUAUCCGGUGAUAUAGUACAAGACGAUGAUUCAGCUCCAAAGAAGCCCGGUUGUGAGAACGACUUCGUUUUGGUUAAAGUUCAAACUUGGGUUAAUGGCGUAGAGGAUGCUGAGUUUGUUGGUGUAGGUGCCAGAUUUGGUGCUCCUAUAGUGUUGAAGGAGAAAAAUGCAAGCCAAAGUCGCCUCACUCUUUCUGACCCUCGUGAUUGUUGUAGCCCCCCAAAGAAUAAGCUUGCUAAUGAUGUCAUUAUGGUGGACCGAGGCCACUGCAAAUUCACAACCAAGGCAAAUAAUGCACAGGCAGCUCAUGCUUCAGCUGUCCUCAUUAUAAAUAACCAUAAAGAACUCUACAAGAUGGUAUGUGAGCCUAAUGAAACCAGUUUAGAUAUACACAUACCUGCUGUCUUGCUUCCACAAGAAGCUGGUGCAAGCUUGGAGAAAAUGCUGACAAGGAAUUCAUCAGUGUCCGUACAGCUUUACUCUCCAAAGCGACCUCUAGUUGACAUAGCCGAAGUGUUUCUAUGGCUGAUGGCUGUUGGUACCAUAUUAUGUGCUUCAUAUUGGUCUGCAUGGAGUGCAAGAGAAGCUGCUAUUGAACAGGACAAACUAUUAAAGGAUGCUUUGGAUGAAAUUCCAGAUACCAGACAUGUGGGUUCUGGUGGUAUUGUGGACAUCAACACCACAUCAGCUGUCUUAUUUGUUGUUGUUGCUUCUUGCUUCUUGGUUAUGCUUUACGAACUUAUGUCAUAUUGGUUUGUUGAGCUCUUGGUGGUUCUUUUCUGCAUAGGUGGUGUGGAGGGCCUUCAAACUUGCUUGGUUGCUUUAUUGUCAAGGUGGUUCAAGCGUGCUGGGGAAUCAUACAUUAAAGUGCCUUUCUACGGAGCUCUCUCAUACCUUACGUUGGCUGUUUCCCCUUUCUGCAUAGCAUUUGCUGUUGUUUGGGCUGUUUACCGCAAUGAUUCCUUUGCUUGGAUAGGUCAAGAUAUACUAGGAAUUGCACUGAUAAUCACAGUUCUGCAGAUUGUCCAUGUCCCUAAUCUCAAGGUCGGAACGGUUCUACUAAGUUGUGCCUUCUUAUAUGACAUCUUUUGGGUAUUUAUUUCAAAGAAGUUGUUCCAUGAAAGUGUGAUGAUUGUGGUAGCUCGUGGUGAUAAAAGUGGAGAGGAUGGCAUUCCAAUGCUACUGAAGAUCCCACGAAUGUUUGAUCCUUGGGGUGGUUGUAGCAUAAUAGGAUUUGGUGACAUCCUUAUACCUGGAUUGCUGAUAGCAUUUUCACUCAGGUAUGAUUGGCUGGCAAACAAGACUCUUCGAGCUGGAUACUUCUUAUGGGCAAUGAUUGCUUAUGGCUUAGGUCUUCUGAUUACAUACGUGGCACUAAAUUUGAUGGAUGGACAUGGUCAACCAGCACUCCUUUACAUUGUCCCUUUUACUCUUGGAACCUUUCUGACCCUAGGAAGAAAGAGAGGUGAUCUAAUUGUUCUCUGGAGAAGGGGAGUACCAGAAAGACCCUGCCCCCAUAUCAAACUCGAACACCAACAUAGUGAAGAGUUGAAUGACGAAAUGUAAGUCCCUUUUUUUUUUUGUAAUUAACUAAUUAUAUUGUAGAGUUUGUAGUGUGUGGUUGAUGCUGAUCACCCGAGACCUACUGUAGCUGUAGCAUAAAUCUUGAUGAGGGCAUGUUAUCAAUUAACAAUAGUGUCUCAUUCAAAAAAAAAAAAAAAGAGAGUAUGUAUUUGAUAAGUUUCAAAGAAUUGCUUCUGAAAUAAUUUACUUUUAGCUCUCUACUACCUGCUUCAUUUUGCUGUUAAGUAUUUCCAUAUGCAAUUUUUAGAUUGAGAAAAGUGGAAGAUGGAAGUGAAACAGUAGAAUCUACAAAAACCACCUGCUUCUUACCUUAAUCAUUUUUUUUUUUUAAAAGAAAGAAAUACUAUGAAGAUGGCUGAUUAUGGGCGAUUUUGCAUGAGAAAUAAACAAGAAAGUUACAUAUGCAUGAAGGGAAGGAAGCCAGUUCAUAAUAUAUUCCCAAAACACAGUCAUGUUACUUUAAUCUGGCAGGGUGUGGAAGGAUGACAACUUUUGUCACUAGUCAAAAUCUACCUAUAGGUUACUGCCACGUACUCAUUGGGACUCACUUGUGGACAAAAGAUAAUUGCCUACCGUCAAAGAAAAAGGGUUUCGCUGGGUGCUGUGAUUAGGUGUCUAAAGUCUAAUACUUCCGGAAAGCUCCUGAUUAAACUAGCCUUGAAGACCGAGGAGUUGAACACCUUUUUCUGUUUUUUUAGUAUUUUCCUGUAACUCAGUUGGCAAGGAGAAACCAA